AUGGAUUCUGUGCGCAACACCAACUCUUUUGACGACAAGAUACACACCUCGGAGCGGUCUGAUUCGACCGAUCGCGAGAGACUUCUUGUCGAUGAAGAAGAUGCUCACUGGUCCGGGAAGAAGAGUGUGCGAUCAGGGCCUGGAAGAUGGUUAAACAUCAUUUUCGUCGUUGUCAUUGCGGUAGUGUCAUGCUUGGUCGGUAUCUUCAUCGGCCACAACCAAGGGGACUCGGACAAGGCAUGCACGCGACGCAUCACUCAGCACUCACCCGUGGUAUCCCAUGUCGGGCUCAACUAUCACAAACAACAGUUCAACGGGUCACUUCUCAAAGAAAACAUCUUCCGACAAGAUGCCAGCCCGGAAGUGGAUGCAGCAUGGGAGUCUCUCGGUGCCAACUACCGAUCCAUCCGCGUUCCUGCCGAAGAAGCCGAGAAAUCAGGCCUCGCUCCCGACCAGGUUAAGAUCAACGAGAAGUACGGAGGUGGAUAUCCUGCCAAUGUGGAAGGAUUUCACCACCUGCACUGCUUGCCCAUUGCCUCGAUAUCAUCCGCCAGCAGCUGAUGUGCACCGUGGACGUGGGUGUCCUAGGCCAAGUCUGGGUCCACCCCGACCACCCUGAGCCCUUUGUCGACUUUAACACUGAGCAUAAGUGCCGCAACUUUGAAGAGAUCCGCGAAUGGGCGCAGCGAAACCAGCUUCCAGAGACGGUCCCUAAUGACUUCCUUCAACCCCCAAAGAUCGGAGAUAGAGUGUAUGAAGAAAUCCCUUGA